AUGCAGAUUUCCAACUUCCAAGUUGACAUCUCUAGAUGGAACUCUGUUUUCUGCAGCACAUCAUCGUUUUGUUUCUACUUGGCGUCUUUGUUCUUCAUUCAGUCCGCUAAGGAGCUCCAUCCAACUUCCCGAUUGACGAUUUUCACUCCACUUGACGGUAUGCUCUUCGUCGAUCGAUCGACGGAGCUAAACCGAUAUCUCCACAGAAGACUCCUUCCUCGACGUUAUCGAUUCAGCCAGGAGUUGUACAUGAUUGACAAGGCGAGACCUUGUUUGCUUUCCGGAGGGAUUCAGAGAGCUGAUUUCUCCAAUGGUAGCAACAGUUAA